AUGGGAGAUUACUUAAACAACAGUUCAGCUGACUAUAUCCCAAAUUCAAAUGUGAAUAACGCGGAUUCAGAAACACCUAAUUUUGAGUAUACAAGUAAUUACAAUUAUGAUAGCAAUAGUAACUUAGCCCUGCAACCUCAACUGUAUCAGCAACACCAGCAACACCAACAACACCAACAACAACUACAGCAAAACCAACUGUUGAACUUGAAUUUUGAUGCAAAUAAUAAUAACGCUCAGAAUGACUAUUCAUUGAAUAUCAAUUAUAGCGGCUACUCCGGCAGCGGUAAUCUGAAUGCCAACCUCAACACAUCCAACAAUUCAACAGAGAUUUCAGCGUAUAAUUCUAAUACUCAGCUUGUGGAUGGACAGGAUUAUCUAAGUCCAAUGGGAUUUACAACAUUCAAUGCCCAGUCUGAUACAAAUGUGUUUGGGGGUGGUUCAAUUCCUGGUUCUUUUACAAAUGAGCCUUUUUUGGAUGAUGUAGCAUUCUCCCAAGCAAUUUUGGGCCCGCAAUUGCAUUUGCAGAAUAGCAACACAUCUCCACGUCCGCUUUCUCCUAAUUUAUCGGGUCAGCAAUUUGUCAACCCAAUAUCUAAUUCGGUCAAUUUGGAUGAACUCAUAUCACCACAGAAUAACGAUGAGUCUUCUUUUCUAAAUCCACAGUUUUUUUCUCCGUCAACUAGAGGUGAACACUUGAGUGGGUUGGGCUCUAUUGCAGAAGACAACAAGAAUAACUUGGCUUUCAGUCCAGAUUUUUCUAAACGACAAAGCAUUAGUGGCGCCUCCUUUUCAAAUAAUAAUAACACUGUACCAGAUCUUCCAGCCUCAUCGUAUUUAUCUCCACAACUCAAUCCCACGUUUGCCUCUCCAGCUGGGGUUGAUGCUAUCCCCUACUUGAAUUCUCCGCCUCAGCACCCACCAAUCAAAACCGAGAAUUGGAAUGCUUUAAGUCCACCGCCUCAUUCUUCAGCGUUGAGCUCGUCGGUACCAACAUCUUCUGGAAAUGGGCUAAAUCGUGAUGUUCCUACCAAGCAAUUGAGUAAAGAAGAGAAAAUGAAACGAAGACGUGAAUUCCACAAUGCCGUGGAAAGAAGAAGACGUGAUCUUAUCAAGGAAAGAAUAAAAGAAUUGGGAGUUAUAGUGCCCCCUUCUUUAUUAAAUCCACCGUUGAGUGCAGUUCAGAAUUUCCAAAGAAAGGGUUCAAUUGAAUCUGGUGAAUUGAGUGAAUUAAUUGGCUCAGUCAAAGUGAAAGAGACUAAACCUAAUAAAUCCACGAUAUUGAAUAGGUCAGUCGAUUAUAUUAACCAUUUAAAUUAUGUUUUAAAACAACAAGAAAUUACAAGAGUAAAUUUAUUGGCACAGAUUGAACUUUUAGAGAAUUCCAAUGGAUCCAAUACCUCGAGUCAAGCACAAUCACAAACAUCCUCACAGCAAUCACAGUUUCAAUCACAUGACGCUUAUUAUUUUGAUCAAAGUACUGGUUCCACCACUUCCAACAGAGAAAUUGCAAACUAUAAUCCAGAAGAUUUUUUUGCAGAUAUUGGUACUAGUACUGAGAAUAUCUGA